UUUUUUUUUUCAUAUGAAUCGAUAAGAAAACGCUCCAUACCAAUUGUAAUAUGGUUACUUUAAUCAUAUGUUAAAUUUAGAUUUAGACAGAGAAUGCCGUUGAUGUAAUGCUCAUUACUGUGCAGGCAUGCCUUUUAAAUGUCGGCAACCAUUCAAUCAAUUACCACUAUCCUCUAAUAAAUGACAUUUUUAUGAUGUCAGACUACUAAUAUGGCCUACAUUUCGUCCAGUCGUUAUUUAGGACGUAGACCAAAAUUAAAAUUUUGGAGAGGCGUUUUGAUACCAGUGCAAAUAAAAAACAAAAAAAAAAAAAACAAUCUAAUUAUACAAUUUUUAAGUAAGGGUGUUGCGUUUGUAUUAAACAUACUUAACAGUUCGUCUUUAUGCCAUUUUUCAGUCCGCCGUUUUCAUAAAAAUAACAAAACAGAACUCUGCUGGAGGAAACUAAAUUUCAACCGCCCCGUAUGGUUUAUGUUUAAUCAGCAGUGCAUUAUAGAUUAUCAUUUUGUUGUUUUUCUUUGAUGUUGGAUUUUAAGUCAGUCCGAAAUAGCAAUUUGUCAGCUUUAAGUCAGUUUGACAAAAGUUGGAUGUCCUCCUAGUAUAUGAUAAUUCUACAUCCUGUGAGAAGCUGAAAUCGACAGAGAUGUAUCCAAGUGAAUCAAGGCUGUGGCAUUUAACGCUCAGGCACGAGUGCAUUUUACAAAUUACUAGCAUAAGGCAAGUCGUGAACGAUGGCAGAAGAGUAGGAAAGUGCCUCAUUACCAUUUUUCCUGCAACUUCUUAAUAAUCUCUUAAUGAAAAUGGAUUGAUGACUGUCCCAGUAUGUCUGAUUUUCAACACGUCAGAUAAACCAGAUACUCAAACUCACACAGUCAAUAGUUUACACACACAAAAUAAAUACUACUACAAAGGCAUCUAACUAUUAUCAGAAAACUGACAGUGCAAAAUAUUCUCCAAGUUCUAUUUGAUUUCAAGCAACUACGUAUUAUUAGUGUUUUGCGAAGGUCUUAUUCCAUGAAUGAUGGACUGGUAUUGAAGGAAAGCCAUACUUCUGAACUACUACAAAUUCAUACCAAACCUACCCUGCAACAUUUUUGUUUUUGUCGUGUUGAGCGACCUGUGGGGUUUCCACUGUUUCUAUUGCUUUUUAGAUAGACUGCAUGCAUUUCGAUUAAUUGUCUGUAAUUGAUUAACAAAGAAGUGUAAACAAAAGAAAUCAAUUCUAUCUUAAAUCAAAUACGGACAAUUUACAGCAUACAAAAAAAAGAGUUCCUGGUAGAGUCAAUAUCCGACGUAAUUGUUCGCUAUUUGUAUGUACUUUUGUUACGUUUAGAUAGAGUAAUUAUGUAAAAAAAAAUAUGCUUCGUUUUAGCUGUAACAUGUUUUUCAAUUUAAAACUUCAGUCUGCUUUUAUUUACGAUGUUUAUUUUAAUCUCUGAAGUUUGAUUUAUUCAACCUAAUGCAUUGUUACUGAGUUGCCAUAGAACUAUGCAGUUUCCUGUUAACAACAGUUGAUAUAAAUAAGAUUGUAAUGCAAACGAAGCGCUUCUGCCGAUCCUACACUGAAAUAUUUUACAUUAUCUCUAUCUGGAAAAAAUGUGUAUUUGUUGUCGAAUUAUUUCAAUACUGUUAUGACAGGAUGCUAAUAUUCUUACUUUGAAGAAAAUGUUAAGUAGAAAGAAGCUGCAAUGAAAACUCUAUUUCUAUUCCUGUUCAUCUCAUUUUUUCAAAACACUUCUUCACUAAUGUACAGGAGCGAGAAUGGGUUAACAAUUCAUUACAAUAUAACAUAUCCAAACGUUUGUCAUUCGCAGACUGGGAUGUUUUUUGCAAAACGAGGUUUUUUUGUUUCUCACUGUGUAGCAGAGUGCGGUUUAAGGAAACAUUGUGUGGCUCUCACUUACAGAAGACGUUAUCGUGUAUGCGAACUAUUUUUGUUCACGGAAGGUGUAAUCGUCAGACGAGGUGACUGUAUAUCAAUCGACGUAUCUGAUAUUGCUUUAACUGAGGUACCAUGCGAUGACUGCAUGUACGGUCAAAUGUGUGACCCAGUUCUGAAAGCAUGCGUUCAAAAAGAAUGCUUAAAUGCAACCAUACCAAGAAAGGGUGAAAUACAUGGCAAUCGAAAAAGUGUUGGUGAUGUGUUAAAAUUCAAGUGCACUCGCGGAUAUCGAGAACAGAAUGGCACGGUGAAUGCUGUUUGUCUUGAGACAGGGCAAUGGGACGAGUCUGCAAUAUGUGUAAUGGAUUGUCAGAAUCCUCCAGACAUAGAUAAUGGUCAGGUAAUCGCGGUCAACUUGGAUACUGCAAAUGUAGCGUGUGAACAAGGGUACGAAAGUGCAAAGACGACAAUUAACUGUGCCGAGUCUGUUUCAUGGGACAGCGUGACAUGUGACCGUAUUGCGUGCGGUUAUCUGCCCACAAUAGCCAAUGGAAAUGCAGUUCUUGAUAGUGUCAACAGCUUUUAUUACACCGAUACAGCAACUGUGACAUGCAAUGACUGGUACCAGAUAGAAACAAACACAAUCAGAUGUACAAUCGCAGGCACGUGGGAAACGGCAAGUUGCAUAGACUGUUACCCUGCCACGCCACAGGAGUACAUUGGUAGAACAAACAUAACAAAAUCCGGAAGACUGUGUCAGAGAUGGGACUCUCAGUCACCUCACUCACACUCGUAUACAGAUCCACAAUUAUAUCCUGACCAGAGUUUAGCUGCUGCCAACAAUUAUUGUAGAACACCAGAACCCGGAGAUUAUGAUCCCUGGUGCAAUACAAUGGACCCAGCGGAAGAAUGGGAAUAUUGUAAUGUUCACAAGUGCCCUUGGACUUAGAAGACUUACGAACAUUUUUAAAAUUAUUUCAUUGAUAUGACAUUUCAGUACUUAUUUUAGUAUGAAAUAGUAUUUGCUGGCUCUCAAGCGUCAUUGUAUUUCUUUCAAGCCAAAUAAAGGUGGUAAAAUAAGACAUUUAUUGCUUAUACCAGUAUAUAAUUUUAUGCAUUCAUUAACACAUGAGAUAUUUCCACGUAUAACUGAAUAUAUUCGUGUAUACAUAUAAACUUAAUAAAUGUUAAUGACAAUACCGUUU